AAGAAGAACACAUCUUACGAAGAUUACUUUUUCAAUUUUCUUCCGAAGAUCAGAAAAAUUUGUAUAUUAAUUCUUUUAAAAUUACCAGAAGAAGGAGAUCUUCGUUCUCAACAGAACAAAAGCAAGAGUGAUAAUGGGAUCGGAACAAAACGAUAGCACAAGCUUCACGCAGUCGCAAGCUUCAGAGCCAAAGCUAUGUGCUAAAGGAUGUGGUUUCUUUGGAUCACCAUCAAACAUGGAUUUGUGUUCGAAAUGUUACAGAAGCAUUUGUGCAGAGGAAGCUCAAACAGCAGUUGUAAAAGCUGCUGUUGAAAAAUCUUUCAAGCCAUCUCCUCUUCCUCUUCCUUCUCGUAGUCUCUUCAUAGCGGAACCGGCUGUUGUGAAACCCGAACCCGAAAAGGCCAUCGUUGUUGUGUCUGCUGAGCCAUCUUCCGCUGGAGGAGAAGCGGCGGCGGCGGCGGUUCCUGAGGAGAGCGAGCCAUCGAAACCUGCACGAACUAACCGGUGUUUGUGUUGUAACAAGAAGGUUGGGAUCAUGGGUUUUAAGUGCAAAUGCGGGAGCACUUUCUGCAGUGAUCAUCGGUACCCGGAGACUCAUGAUUGCAGCUUUGAUUUCAAAGAAACGGGGCGCGGAGAGAUUGCCAAAGCCAACCCUGUGGUUAAGGCUGAUAAACUUCAAAGGUUCUGAAAUAUUGAAGUUUUUUUAAAGUAUUUGGUUCUCUGUUACUCGAUUGUAUUUGAAUCGAUUUGGGAUUGUCUGGAUGGUUUUAAUGGAUUGUUUCCAAAGGGUAAGAGGAUGAGUUUGGUUCCAUAAUAAAGUGAAUCGAUGAAG